CUUAAAAAAUUCUCGCACAGGGCUGUAGACGGUUUGUUCAUUUCAUUUCUAGUGUGCUGAACCCUCCGUUCCUUCGCGGUCGGCAAAGCCCAGAAAACCACCCUAGCGGUCUGUAAAACCCCUGCGGUCUGUAAAACCCUUGCGGAACUGCAAUGCUAGUUCGCUGAGCUAGUUGGGAUAAGUCAGUCAUGAAAGCAUAAAAAAUGUUAUUGUCUAGAAAUUAGUUUGUGCCAUCUGAAAAAUGUCCUCUGAAGUUGCCAUAAGAAGAUCAAUUCGCUAUCGAGGGCAACACUGCGCUCUUCAUGGUUUUGUUUCAGAAUCAUGUGAAAAUCACAACUGCUACACUAUCCGAGCUUAUUACUAGAAGAGAAUCUUACACGCAACACCUCACAUUUGAAUUCUUCCUUCUGCUCCAGACGAGGAGAUAACUGCCCGUACAAACCAGUGCAUUUCUUAUCCAAGGUAGCUCUCAUCCCUAGUGAUGAGGCAGAGACAUGGGAAGCUAGAGUAUAUUUGAAUCAGGUUCUCUUGGUAUUGGCAAAGUUGGCGAGUUGCAGGCGAAGAGGAGAAAUGGGAACUUAUAAGUACGUUGAGGAGCUAUGGAAGAAGAAGCAAUCGGAUGUGAUGAGGCUCAUGCAGAGGGCGAGGAGCUCGGAAUAUCGAGAGCUUCAUGGCUUAGUGAGAGUUAACAGGUCCACAAGACCUGAUAAGUCCCGCCGUCCUGGUUAUAAGGCCAAGCAGGGCCUAGACCUUGGUUCUUAUGUGCGGAGAUUUUCAAGUUCCUCAGGUGUCUUACAACAAAUAUCUGUGGAUGAACCCAGUUCAUGGCGGCAACUCCCAGAUAUGGGUGAGGUUUUCACCGAAGAGGUUGAAGUGGGCUCUCGAUUAGUUAGAUUUGAAACUGGAAAACUUGCAAGGUUUGCAGCAGGUGCUGUAGUACUUGGUAUUAAAGAGACCAAGGUGCUUACAACUGUUGUAUCAGCAGAUGGGGGAGGAGCACAAGAUUUUUUACCACUUACGGUUGACUAUCGGGAGAGACAAUAUGCACAAGGAAAGAUCCCUAACACUUUCAUGCGAAGAGAAGGUGCCCCAAAGGAACGUGAGCUUUUGUGUGGCCGUGUGAUUGACAGAUCUAUUCGUCCACUAUUUCCCACAGGGUUUUAUAAUGAGACUCAGGUAAUAGCUAAUGUUCUUUCUUCUGAUGGUGAGCAAGACCCUGAUGUAAUGGCUGCCACUGCUGCAUCUGCUGCCUUAACAAUAUCAAAUAUUCCAUGGAAUGGUCCUGUCGCUGUAGUCCGUGUGGGCAGGAUAAAUGGAAAGUUAAUUGUCAAUCCUGAUAUGGAUGAGCUAAGCUUAAGUGAUCUUAACCUUGUAUAUUCUUGUACUCGAGAAAAAACGCUUAUGAUGGAAACACAAGCUCGUGAAAUUUCAAACAAGGAUUUUAUUGAUGCAUUACGUCUUGCACACAGCGAGGCUGUCAAGCUGAUUGAUCCUCAGCUGAGAUUAGCGGCAAAGGUAAAGAACCAAAAAAUGCAAUUCAAGCUUUUCACUGUCUCAGAUAGAACUUUGGAGAAGGUUAAGAACUUGGCUGAAACAUCUAUUCAGGCAGUUUUUUCAGAUCCAAAUUACGGCAAGUUUGAACGAGGAAAAGCCUUGAAUAAAAUAAGCAAUGAUGUCAAAAAAAUCUUAGAAGAGGAGGAGGAUGAAGAAAGCUUGAGUGUUCUGGCAAAGGCUGUGGACACAGUUAGAAAGAAGGUUGUUCGUAAAAGGAUAUUUGAAGAGGGGCUUAGAGUUGAUGGCAGAUCUUUGGAUGAAAUUAGACCUCUAUUCUGUGAAGCUGGAUCUUUCCCAUCACUCCAUGGGUCGUCAAUAUUCUCAAGAGGGAACACUCAAGUUAUGUGUACUGUUACACUUGGUGCUCCUCAAGAAGCCCAACACUUAGAUUCCCUUGUUGGUCCACCAACCAAACGCUUUAUGGUUCAUUACAGUUUUCCACCAUUCUCAAUCAAUGAAGUUGGUAGGCUUGGCGGUUUAAACAGACGUGAAGUGGGACAUGGGACACUUGCAGAGAAGGCUUUGCUUGCCCUGUUACCUCCAGAAUAUGAUUUUCCUUACACUGUUCGUCUUAAUUCUGAUGUCAUGGCUUCUGAUGGAUCUACUUCAAUGGCAACUGUUUGUGGAGGUAGUUUAGCAUUGAUGGAUGCUGGGGUUCCACUUAAGGAACAUGUUGCAGGAAUUUCCAUAGGUCUUGUUACUGAUGUUGAUCCUUCUACAGGAGAUGUGAAAGAUUAUCGUAUUUUAACAGAUAUUCUGGGUCUUGAAGAUCAUUUGGGAGAUAUGGAUUUCAAAAUAGCUGGUACAAGGAAAGGAGUGACAGCUAUACAACUGGAUAUUAAACCAGCUGGGAUACCUCUUAGUAUUCUUUGCGAGUGCCUUGAUCCUGCCUUAAAGGCUCGUACAAAAAUUUUAGAUUUCAUGGAACAAGAGUUAAAAGAGCCACGUGAACAAGAUAAAACAAAUUCCCCACGGAUAGUCACUGUUAGAUUAAAUCGAGACCACCUUCCACGAUUGAUAGGACAUAUCAGGAAUAUUGAAAAGGAAACAGGUGCACGGAUACAGGCACUCUUUGAUGGUACAGUUACAAUAUUAGGUGAAAAUCAAUGUGUGUUAGAGAAGGCACAAGAAAAGGUUGAUUCCAUUGUUGGACGUGAAAUUGAAGUUGGCGGUCUUUAUAAAGGUGUUGUAACAUCCAUUAAAGAUUAUGGGGCUUUUGUUAACUUAGGUGGUGAUACAGAGGGCCUGCUACAUAUAUCACAACUGUCACAUGACCAGAUCUCUCGAGUUUCAGAUGUUGUGUCUCUUGGGCAACAACUCACAUUGAAGUGCAUUGAACGAGAUGUCAGGGGCAACAUUAAACUUUCACUAAAGGAUACUCUGCAAAAAACCAAUUCAGAGCAACAGAAUAUUACCAUCAAAGAAUCCAACUUACCACAUGUGAAUGGAUCUUCUUUCACUGCCAAUUCUUCGGGCUAUAAUGUGUCAGUCAGAGAUUCCAAUUUAGAAUCUGUUUCACUAAGCAAUGAUCUUCAGGAAAUUCAAAGAUCUGACAUUAAUAUACUUCCUGUAACUACAAAUGGAGUUCAGGAGGCAGAUGCCCUUUCUUUAUAUUCUUCACCAUCAGUUGUCAUUCGCAGUGCUGAUGAAUGUGAUAUGAAAAGAUAUUCCCAAGAGGCUGUCCAGGCAUCAGAAAGCAAGCAAGUGAGGAAAAAUUCUCAACCAAGUUCACCCAAAAAAAAACAGAAAUUGAUACGUAAGGUGGAAGACACAAGUAGUGAAGUGCACAAGAAACAAGUUACGUUAGAAAAUGAGAAUGAAAGGUCCUCUCAAGAAGUCACCCAAGCAUCAAGACUGAAGCCAAUUAAGAAAGAGUCUAAAUCAAGAUUAACAUCUCAAAAGAGCAGCAAAGUGGAUAAGAUGCCAGUGGUUGAAGAUGUUUCUGAUGUUGCUCCAUCUUCUGCCCUAUCAGACUUCUUUCGCAAUAUUACCCUCUCCAAUAAAAAAAGUACAUGUGAAACUCCUAAUACAGUUGAAACAGAGAGCGUUGAAGAUGUUUCUGAUGUUGCUCCAUCUUCUGCCCUAUCAGACUUCUUUCACAAUGUUACCGUGUCCAACAAAAAAAGUACAUGUGAAACUCCUUAUACAGUUGAAACAGAGAGCAUUGAAGUUCACGAGAAGCCAGUUCUAGUUGGAGACCACUGUACAGUUAGGGUGCAGCAGAUCCGCACAUUUGGUCUUGUCCUUCAGAUGGCUAAUGGAGACAUGGGAAUGCUUCGGUUCGAGGCUGGAGCAAGGAACGAGUUUGAAGUUGGUGAAGAACUUCAGGUUAAAUGCAUGAGAAUUAAUGACAAGGGUGUACCUGUGUUUUCUUUAUUGGAGAUGGACUGAUUUUUCAAUCAAUUAGUAUUCUACUAGGCAAAAUGUGUUUCCCAAAUUAUUCGAUGCCCUUUAGAGUCUUAAUAGAGAAUGGGAUGCAAGUUGUUUAUGUGGAUUCUCAGAUUCUCUACAUUGUAAAUUGCUGAUUUUCUCAGUACAGUUUAAUCCCUCUCUUGAAAGGACUCACAUUAUGACACUGCCAGUGUCAAUUUUCAUAAUUUCCUAAUUUAUUUUUAAUUUUUAACUAUGAAAGUUAAGAAAACAGUGGGGCAUACCAGUAUGAGUUCUGCUUCAGAAGAAAGUCCCAAGCCACUAAUUUUCUCCUACAUAAAAUUUCAUAGAAGUGGGUGUUCAGUUGACCACAUGCUUCUAUGGAUGUUCCAUUUUUGCUAAAUUUGUAUUAACUUGCAAAUGUGUAUUAUUGAUGAGAACGUAUCUCAGAUAUCUAAGUACCUUCGGCAGUAAAAAUGUACAAGAGCUAGAUAUUGGUGCUUGUAAUGCCAUCCCUUUGUAUACAUAUUGACAACUAGAAAUAUUUAUUGAUGAAAUGUGAUCCCAAUUUGUGUUACUGUAAUACA